AGAAGUUCAUACAAGCGUUUUAUUCUGAAGGUCAUGACAGGAAGUACGUCGUUGUGUUUUAUGUGACUUGACAGAAAUAACUGUCAAACAGCGUCCAGCCUCCAUGUAGUAUCUGCUGGAAAAUAUGUGAACCUGGAGCAGAAUGAGAGCGAUGAAAGCAAAGAGUCAGAGGCGCCUUUAAAAGCCCGCAAAGAUGGAGGACGAGCUGGUGUCAGAGGAUGAUUUCUUGCUCUGUUCAGAGAAAGAGUUCCACGAUGCUGCGAAGAGGAACGACACAGCGAAAAUGCAGGAACUGAUCAAGAAGGGUGUGGACGUUAAGGCCAAAAAUAAAAUAGAGCGCAAAGCACUGCACUGGGCAGCUGGAGCUGGGAAUGAACAGGCUUUACGUCUCCUACUGGACCAUGACACCGAAGUCGAUGAGAGGGACACUUUUGGCAUGAAUGCUCUGCUUCUGGCGUCCUGGUUCGGUCACCUGAAAAUCCUGCAGAUCCUGGUGUCCUGCGGGGCAAAACUCAACUGUGAGAACAAAGAUGGUCUGAGGAUGCUGCACUGUGCUGCCCAGCGAGGCCACAUCAGAGUGUUGGAGUUCAUCAUGGAGGACCUGGAAGACAUCUCUCUGGACAGAGUGGACAAGUCAGGGAAGACAGCUCUUCACCUGGCUGCUGAACAUGGACAAUUUGAAGUGGUGGACUUUCUGAUUGGAAUGGGGUGCACUCAUGGUUUGAAGGACAAGGAAGAGAACACAGCCAUGCAUCUAGCAGCACAGCACGGGCACACAGAGGUCCUGCAGAAGAUCAUGGAGACCGGAGUAGAUGUGGAUGAGCGAAACAUAGAUGGUCUUACAGCAUUGCACCUGGCAGCUGAUGGAGGUCACUGUGAAUGUGUCAGACUGCUGCUGGAGUCUGGCUGUAAUGUCAACGCACAAACGAAUAGGAAUAUGAAUGCUCUCCAUUACGUGGCCCAGCAUGGCUUUGACAGAGAGGCCAGCCUGCUGGUGGAGGCACGAAUCAACAUAGAUGCUUCAGACAAUCAACAGAACACACCUCUCCACCUGGCCGUGUUCAACAAUCACACAGAGGUUGCACGGCUACUGAUAGAUGCUGACUGUGACCUGGAUAUUGCUGAUAAUAGACAACAGACUGCUUUGCAUAUAGCAGCGGAGCAUGGCUGGCAGGACAUGGCUGAGAUGAUGCUAGUUUCUGGUGUUAACCUCAAUCUGACUGACAAGCAGGGGAAAACCUGUCUGGAGGUGGCAGCAAGAGGAAACCAUGUCAUCCUGGUUGACAUGAUCAUCAAAGCCGACCGUUUUUAUAAAUGGGAGAAGGAUCACAUGGGCAGUGAGCAGGAUUCCUGGGUGGGGAGGCACCUGAGCUUCAAGCAGGACCACCAGCCAGAGACACAACAUCUCCGCUCUGUCCUGUGGAGCCUGGCCACCAAGCACCUCUGCCGCGGGGAAUGGAAGAUUCUGGCGCAACACUGGGAGUUCAGCGACGCACAUAUACGAGCUAUAGAACAACAGUGGACGGGUACAAAAAGCUUCAAGGAGCACGGUCACCGAAUGCUGUUAAUCUGGCUUCAUGGAGUGGUGAUGGCGGGGGAGAACCCGACCAAAGGCCUCUACGAGGGGCUGGUGGAAAUCUCCCGGACAGACUUGGCAGAGUGCAUCCGGCAGAAGGCGAACGCAGAAACCAGCUCUCCCAAAAUGUGCUCAGCUAUGUGAUCAACACCAUGGACACAACAAAUCCAAGGUGUCAGUUCACAUCUGAACUCUAUUUAACUACAUAUGUCCAGAGCUGAACCAAUGAUAGAACAGCUUUGUAAUGUCCAUGGCAUGACCUGUUUACAUAUUCACACAUUCAACAUACUGUGAUUGUUCUGGGUUUGGUUCACAGAGCGUAUUUUCUUUCAGAGUUAUGAAAAUGAUGGUUGUAGAAUAUUUAUUCAUGCAUGCUGUGAACACAUGCUGACUAUGUAGAAAAAGCCCUUAUACUUACUCAUAUUGUAUACUCAGGGCUUCUUACACACUGUCUAAACAGUAGUGAAAGCAGCGUGUGAGCAGAGCAGCAGCUUCAGUCCUCUGCUUGUGUCUACACAGGAUGUGUUCAGGAACAGUAUUGACUGUAGGUCACCCACAUUUUGGCAACACUAAGAGCCCAACAAACAGUUACUGGAGCUACAAGUGUAAAAGGGAAGAAAUAGACCUAAAACUUAAAAUAUGCUUAUGUGCUCAAAGUGUGAGUGAAAUGCGAGCCUGUGCAGACAGCUGUAUGGAUUAAGAAAGAAGCAUAUCUGUUCCGUCAGAUGCACGUGAGACGUACGACUGCAAAGCGUGACUGAAACAUAUCCCGUGUAGAAACACUACAUUUGAGCAUAUUAUUUUUAUUUUUUGUUUUUGGGCAUUUUUGUAUUGACAGCUGAUAGUGGAGAAGCAGACAGGACACAAGGGGGACAGAGAGGGACAUGACAUGCAACAAAGGUCCCCAUGCUCCUAGCAUAUUAUGAUUACUUGUCAUUCAGUCUAAUAUACUGUACUUUAAAAGAUGUAGUAACGCUAAAUGUCAUUGUUAUGAAUAAUAAUGAAGACACCUGGUAUUAAAUGCAACUCGGAAUCCUGGUGCAAUUUACCCAAUUAACAUUUGAAUGUCUUAAUCAAAAAUGUGUCCUCUUCAUUAAAAGAGUACUCCACUAUUUUAGCAUUGCACUUCUAUAACAUUGUCAGACUCAUGAUGGACAGUUAAAGAAAAGUAUUAAAAUCAAUAUAUUAAGGAGAACUAGAUAGCCGUUAAUGGAGCCCCAACCAUUCCUGUGAAAGUUGCUCAGUGCUGCAUUUUCUGCAGGAUUCCUCAACUUUCCCUGUAGAGUUCACUAGAGUCCUUCUCCAGCUGGGCGGUUUAGAGUAUGCACAUCCGUGACUUUUACUGGCCGAGUUGGCUUCCCGUUGGCUCCCUGACCACAUGAAUUGGAUAAAAUAAUUUCAUGAUAUGGCUCCUCUAGACUUUCCAGAUAUUAUUGGACUGAAUGGAUCAAAUUCUGAAAAUAAAAGGACUCAUUUCGGGGGUUUGUGAUUGUUGUUUUACCGUUUUACUGCUGCUCCUUUUCCAGUGAUUGUGUAUGGGGAAAAAAUGUUUUGGACCAGCAUGCAUCAUGUGAUUAAAACUGAAGUUGUAAUUACCUGAUUUGGCCACUAUAUGUGUUCCUGGGAUCUUGGUCGAAACCUGGCAACCACAUUACCUACAAUGCAACUCUACAAUGACAGCAUUUGAGGCAAUUUAUCAGAUUUCAAUAAGCUCCCUCUGGAGCUGCAGAAGGAGUUCACCUUUAAAGCUGCAUUGAGUAAUGUUUGACCACUAGGGGGCAGAAAGGAUCUAAAACAAACUCAGAAACAAGUUGGCAACAACAGGUGCCCACUUAGCUUGGCUGUAGCUAGGUAGCAACCAUCUUCUCCUCAUGUGGUGCUGUCUAGAGAGAAUUUGCAUUCACAUCCACUCAUGUUUUUACAUUGACUUUGUGGCUAAUCUUUCAAUUUACUGCACGGUCAGACUCUCAGCUACAUUACUGAGAUACUACAGCCCUGUAUACUGUAACUAGCCAGUGGUCCCUCUCUUAAAGCAAACUCAGCUCAGCAACUUACUCAGCUCAAGACCCCCCUGUGUAGACUAGCUUUUGUUUCAUUUUUCCAUCACUCUAUUGUGUCUCUGUCUGUCCCACUUGUUUUUUACUGUGAGUCACUCUGUGAUGUUUGCUGUAGAACGGUGCUUUACACUGUAAAUAAACCAACCUCGCACUGCAGCAGCUCUCACAGACAGAAAAUAUGCUGUAGAUGUUUGAAUCAUAUAACCACAGAAGCACAUGGACAUUUAGAGAUAAACCUACCAGCAUCUUUAUCAUUGUUCUUAUUGUAUUGUCAGGUUUAAUACUGUUGUGGUUACACAGCGAAAGCCUUCUCUGUCUUCCUGGGGGCAGGAUUUGAUGACCUUGCACCUUCUGUCUUUGUGGCCUUAAAGAUAAAUUCUUCUUUUUAUAACCUGGGUAUUGCAUUCAGUUUUGAUAGUUAUUGUUGGUAGAGAUAGAGCGUAAUGACUGGUCUGUUCCAUUAGGACCAGCAACAUGAGCAGUCUGACUCGUUUAAAACAAGUCCUCAGUUUAACAGUUAAUUACUGGAUAAUCUCAUGUUAUUCCGAUUUAAGAGGAAUCCCCCUGUUUGGUUAAUCUGAACAUAUGCAACCACUGAUGAUGGAUCACAAGUAGACUUAGUAGAUAGUUUGAUUUUAAGGGGUCACAAGCCAAAAAGUUGUGAACCACUGUUGUAGAUAACUGAGUUAAACUGGGUGAAUUUGUUGCUUUCCCUAAUGCUCUCAGCCGUAAAGCUGAGUCUAACAGCAUCCAUUCACCGGUGCAGAAAUGUUACAACCAAUAGGAAUGAUGACCUAAACUACAAAAAUAAAACCCAGCUUGUAAAAAACAGAACUUAAGGAAUUAUAUGUGUGCAUGUUUGCAUUUUUGUUUAUGCUUUGUUCAUGUUUAUGAAUCCACUGGAUUUAUGCACUAAACAGAGUCGUACAUUUUUAACAAUUUCCACUGGAAUCAAACCUCACUAUCAAAUGUACACUCUUUGGUCUCUUGUAGAGAAAUACUGCAUCCUGAAUUAGAUGUUUUCAUAUGCAUUCUUGUUUCCUCAGCUCAACUCUGCCAUGAUCAAGAUGAAACUAAAUGCCAUUUUUAGUUCAGUUGUGUUAUUGACCAGUUUUGGGGCACUAAAGAUGCAUUUUAAUGCCAGGUGUAAAUUAAUGGUCUGUGAAAUAAAUUGCUAUUUUUGCAUGGAGUAAAUACAUAUUAUAUCUUCAUGGGUAGUUUCACAAAGUGAUGACACUAGUUUUUUGUAAUGAUUUGCAUGACAAAUCUAAUGGUUUUGUAGUACUUUACUGUACCGUGAUAUGCAAAUGUCCUGCUGAAUUUAAAUAUGAAUGCUUGUUGAAUGAUGAUUACUGGUUUACAGAAAUGAUGUAGAACAUCUGGCUAGUCCGAUCUAGAGAGCCCGACUCGUCCUUGAAGCCCUCAUGAAAUUAAUUAUUGUAUAAAGAUGACUUUUUUCAAAAACAAUGCAAUCACUGGAUUUUUCCUUUGUACAAUUAGUGUAUGAACAUACAAUGCAAUAACUGUGUGUAUGUAUAUUUAAUUUACACUAUGUUCGUAAGACCAAUAAACACUCCAAGUUGUCCA